CGUCGCGAAUGAAAAUGGCGGCGCGCGCUUCCCGUCUGCUGGCUCGCAUCCACAUAUUUUGAGUGUGUGUUACGGCUCGGCGGUGGCUGUGAAAAGUGUGCCCCCUUUGGCGGCGAAGAAAAAUCUUGUCUGCCGUGCCCACCUGUGGAUUACUCCUCGCCGAAACGACUCUACCUUGCUUUUGGAUUUUAAUCGUCGCGGAAGGAAACAUGGGAGGCUGCCGGCACUACUCACGGUAACCCCGGGUUCCCUCUUCUGACGUAAUCACGGAGGCAACGUGGUGCCCCGCUGAAGAGGAGCAGCCAUGUUUCCCUGGAAGAAGGCCAAAGACAAAGAGGACAAGUCCAAGCGACGCGGAGGCGGCGGCGACGACAAAAAGUCCUCGGGCAAGCUGUCCGGCAGCGAGGUCCGCCGACGGAACCUCGUCAUCUCCGGCCCGAUCCCAGCGCCGGGCAGCGGGCUCGUCUCGCCGCUCGCCGAAGAGGAGGACUUCUCGGACCACAGCGGUGGCGGCGGUACUCUUCCCCAUGACUCCACAUCUUCCUCUCCCGUGCAGCAAGAUGGCCACAACAGGAGGCCCCCGCCGGUGCCCCCCAAGAAGCCCGCGGUGGCCCGUACACUUAGCGUGCCCAAGUCGAAGCCCCCGGACAGGCCCGCGCCACGGUCGACGAGUUUGACUGCUCAGCCUCUGGUCGACGCUUUCAAGAUGGCGGUUCGAAAUGGGCACCCACCGCCAGAGGCCGAGUACGGCGAACUGCAGCAGCGCUUCGCGGCCAUACGAAGGGCGUCGGCAACCGCGGGUGCAGGACAGACGGCGCGCAACUGGCCGCUUCCGCCGAUCCGCACGGCGGCCCGGUGUCCGCAGCCGCGCGUGCUGAGCGUCACGCGGCAACCCUCGGGCGACUUCGGCUUCUCGCUGCGGCGCUCGGCCCUCUCGGACGGCCUGGCCGCCGGCGAGGAGCGUCGCCGCACGCUCAUGUUCGCCGAGCCGAGCACGCUGCCGGCCGCAGGCAGUGGUGGCAGUGCGACGGGCCUGCUACCGGGCGACCGGCUGCUCGAGGUGAACGGCGUCAGCGUGGACGACAGGUCGCGCGAGGAGGUCAUCGAGAUGGUGCGUUCGUCCGGCGACCGAGUUCUGCUCAAGGUUCAACCGCUACCCGAGCUGUGCGAGAUCGUGGCCCGCGUGGCCGGACCCGGGGCGCCCCAGGGGGUCACCCUCGGCGUAGGAAGCAACCGGACCCUGUCCCGGACGGGCAGUCGCCGACACAAGGCGCUCGGGGCCAAGACAGACGAGGAGAUAGCUGCAGAGCGACUCUGGAUGAAGUCGGAGAAGGUGUGGGUGCUGUUCAAGGGUGGCUACACCGGUGCAUCGUUGGUGAAGGAAGGGAAAGUGCGUGUUCGCCUGGAUGCCACAGGUGAAGUGGUGCUGGUGGACGAGGACGACGUUGAAAAGGCGAAUCCUCCCGAGCUGGACUUUGUGGAGGACCUCGGCCAGCUGCGGCAGCUCAACGAGGCUGGCAUGGUGCACGUCUUGCGAGAGCGCUUUGCCUCGGGACUUGUGCACACUUAUGCAGGCUCGGGUCUACUCCUCUUCAACCCCCAGCGGCCACUGGCCAUUUACUCGGACAAGGUGAUGCGGCUGUUCCAGGGCUGCAAGGCCGACGACCUGCCACCGCACGUGUUUGCGGUGGCCCAGAGUGCGCACUGCCUGGUGGCAACCAGGCGCGACCAGACGGUGCUCUUCCUGGGCCGCAGUGGCUCAGGGCAGAGCGCAGCUGCCCGACAAGUGCUGCAGUACCUGAGCAUCACGACUGCGCCCACGCCCACUGCUGGCAAUGCCCUUGCCGAGAAGCUGACUGCAGCCGCAGCCCUGCUCGAGUCAUUCGGCAAUAGCCGCACGGCCGCUAAUGCCAAUGCCUCGCGCUUCACCCAGCUCUUUUCGCUUGACUUUGACCACAUGGGGCAGGUGGUUGCUGCCUCUGUCCAGGCGCUGAUGCUAGAGAGGUCGCGGGUGUCUCGAAGGCCCGAAGGCGAGCCAAACUUCCACAUCUUCUACUACCUUUUGGCUGGGGCAGGAGAAGCACUCAGGAAGGAGCUGUACUUAGACAAUCUUGAGGAGCCCAACAUCUUUGUCAGCCCACUCAAGAAGCCAGAUGACCAGAAGAAGGCACGCAUCAUGUGGGAGCUGGUCCAGGGUUCCCUACUGACUCUCGGUGUGCGGGACACCGAGAGCCGCGUCCUGUGGACAGUGCUGGCCGCCAUCGUCCAUCUGGGACACGCAGGAGCCUUGCGCAGUGCGAAUGGGCGUCCACAGUUUGCACGAGCGGCUAGCGCACAGCGAGCUUCCCUUCUGCUGGGCACGUCUGUCGAGGACCUUGCCAAGUCUGCCCUUGACUCGCCGCUCCUGACGGUCGCAGGCAACAGCCGGGGGCCUGCACGGGGAGACGGAGCUGGAGAUCCCGUGGAGCCUCUGCAAGACUUUGUGGCCUCCCUGUACCAAGAAGUGUUCAACGUGGUGGUGUCUCUCGUUAACCGCGCACUCGGUGGCUCUGGCAGGAGUGUGGCGGCAGUGCAGGUUCUGGACUGCCCUGGUUUUCAGCCCCAGAGCGGCACUGGUGCAGGGGGCAGUGCAGCGGCCACCCUCGAAGAGCUCUGCCACAACUACAUCCAGGAGCGACUGCAGCUGCUCUUCCACCAGUGGACAUUCCUCAACCAGCAGGAGCGAUACGAUCAGGAGGCCGUAGUGUUGGAGACGGAGGAGUUUGGAGAGGUGGCAUCGCCGGCUGCCCUGGUGUCCCUCUUGGACCGCAGCCCUCCCCAAUCGGGUCCCCUGCGAGCUUCAACGACUGACCUACGCCACAGUGCUGGUCAACAGGGGCAGUCGUGUGGCCUGCUACAGCUGCUGGACGACGAGUGCUUGUAUCCGGGCAACACUGACCAGGCCUUCCUUGACAAGCUCCUCCACAUGGCAGCUUCGGUGCAACCUCGGGAGCACCAGUCGCUGUUGGAGCGAGGAGCCCGUCCAGGGGAGUUCACCGUCCUACACCAAAUGGGCUCUCUGCCGGUCACCUACUGCUGCAGGGGCUGGCUGAAGGCGAGCCGGGAAACACCAUCAUUCCGUCAGGCACCACUGCUGCUGCAGGAGUCACAGAAAGAGCUCGUGAGCCAGCUGUUUUCAUCGGCUCGGGGCAUGCUGCCCCCAGUGGGCCUCGGGGGCAGCCUGACGGCCGAGACAAACAGCACGUCCUCGCUGCGCCGCUCGUCCAGCAUUCGGCGUGCCCAGUCGGUGGCUGGUGCCAAGCGGCGCUCACUGCCUCUCCAAGUCAAGCACACCACCGACAGCCUGCUGGAAGUUGUCCGUCGGACUCGCCUCCAUUUUGUGCACUGCCUGGUGCCCUGUGAGAAGUCGUCUACCAGCACCAACGACGCUGGGGACGGUGGCGAGCCUCGUUUUGACGUCGACCUAGUCCGGUCUCAGCUCAAGGGAGCCCAGAUCUUAGAUGCCGUGCGUGUACGCAAACAGGGCUUUCCAGAGAACCUUCUCUACCUGGAAUUCCGGAGACGUUACAGCUUACUGGCAUCUCCGGACACCCGCCCAGUCAACGGUGAGCCUGGAGAUGAGCGUGCGGCCACGGAAGUGCUGCUCCAACAGUUGGACCUGGAAGCCAGCAGCUAUCGCCUGGGUCUCAGCCAGAUAUUUCUGCGGGCAGGCACCCUGUCCCUUCUGGAGUCCCAACGGGAGGAGAAGCUGGCCGAGGGUCUGAUCCACCUGCAAGCGCACCUGCGGGGAUACCUGGCUCGAAAGCGGUUUCAGCAGCGAAAGGUCCAGGAGCUAGCCAUCUGCUGCAUUCAGCGGAAUGUGCGCAAGUUCCUUGAGAUCCGCGACUGGCCCUGGUGGCGGCUCUUCGUCAAGAUUGCACCCGUUCUCAACGUGCAGCGCACCGAGCAGGAGCUGCGUCUCAGCAGGGAGGAAGUUGAGCAGCUCAAGGCUAAGGUUGAGAAGCUCGAGAAGGAGCGCUCUGAGCUCAAGCAGAGUCACGACCUUCUCGAGGCGAAGGUCAGCGACCUCUGGACCGACCUGGGCCAGGAGCAGGCGGCGUCCGCGCAGGCGGCCGAGAUGCUCGAGGCCGAGACGGCUGAGCGGCUGCGACUCGACAAGGAGGUGCGCGAACUGCAGACGCGCUGUUCGCAGCUCCAGCAGCAGAAGGACCGCAUGGAGAUGGAGGCCAUGGAGAGCCGCAUGCUGCGCUCGGCCGACCUCAACGGCGAGGUCUCGGACGAGGACGACGCCGCGGCCGCCGGGUCCAUCUACAAGCAGAAGUAUGAGCGUGCUCUGCGUGAGGCCGAGAUGAACAAGCGCCAGAUGAGCCAGCAGCAUGAGGACGACCUGGAGAAGCAGAUGAUGGCGAGGAAAGCGACCGAGAAGAGGCUCACCGAGGCCCUGGCGGACCUGGAUGAAGGGCGCCAGGCUGUGAACCAGUGGAAGCGCAAGGCGCAGAAGCUCAGCGCCGAACUGCAGGACCUCAAGCUGCUGGUGGAGGAGCACAUGGCGCGCAACGCCGAGCUCGAGAAGAAGCAGAGAAAGUUCGACAGUGAGCUGGGCCAGGCGUCGGAUGGCCUGAAGCAGGAGCGCCAGCAGCGCGAGAAGCUGCAGCGUGAGCGAGACCUGCUGUGUGCCGAGAAGCAGGCACUGGAGCAGCAGCUCAUGUGCUGCCGCACCGAGCUCGAUGCGCAGCAUGACCGCGUCAAAUCGCUGCGCCGGGAACUUGACGAGCUCAGCUUCAGCACGCAUGCAGAGGAAGAGGUGGCGAAGCUGAAGCGUGCCAAGCAGGAGCUUGAGCGCAAAAGCCGAGACCAGGAGGAGGAGCUAGAGGACUUGGCCGCCCAGGUGACCAUGCUGGAGCAGUCCAAGCUGCGGCUCGAGAUGGCCCUCGAGAAGGCCCGCCAGGAGCACCGGCGCGAGCUGUCGCAAAGGGAUGAAGAGGCUGACGAGGCACGCGCCGCCGCUACCAAAAAGCUGCGCAACAUGGAGGCCUUGCUGGAGUCUGAGCAGGAGGAGCGGCAGUGCCUGCAGCGGCAACGCCAGGAGCUCGAGCGGCGGCUGGCCGAGCUGAGCGAGCGACCGCCGCCCCGGGACCCCCAGGUCGAGAGGCGCCUGCGCAGGGACCUGCGUCGCACACGGGCACUCCUGCAGGAUGCACAGGUCAUGCUGGACUCUGCACGCAACGGACAGGCAGCACGUUCCAUGCUCAGGCAACUCAAGAACCAGUUGGAAGAUGCCGAGUUUGCCAAGAGUGCGGCCAUCAAGGCUCGUCAGGGGGCGGAGGCCGAACUGGAGGAAGUGCAGUCGCAGCUGGAGGAAGUUCUGCGCACCAAGAAUGAGGCGGAAACCAGGUGCCUUCAGCUAGCGCGAGAGAAGGGAGCCCUGCAGGUGCAGCUGGAGGAGAUGGAAGAAGAGCAGGCUGAGCUCAUGAAAAAGUACAAAGCUGCCGUGCAGCAGAUGCAAAACGACCAGAAGUUAAUGAGUGAACAGACACAGCAGAUUCUGGAUUUGGAGUCUGAGAAGCACCACCUCAAAGAACAAGUGCACGACCUUAGCUCCAAAAUGGACCACCUGGCCAGCCAGGCAGAAGAUUCGCAUGCUGUGCGCCGCCUGGAGGCCAAGGUGCGUGAGUUGGAGUCAAGGCUCGAGUUGGAACAGACCGCCAAGAGCAGGCUAGAGAGCCAGGUGCAGCGCCUCAAGGAGCAGUGCAACAGGCUGCAAGAGGAGUCCGAGCAGGCGAUCCACAAGGAGCAGCAGAGCCUGGAGAGCUGCCGCAAGCUGCAGCGGCAGAUGCGGGAGCUGCGCGAGGAUUGCACCACGCUGCAGCACCGUGAAGCCGAGGCCCAGCAACGCUGCCACGAGCUCGAAAUGUCCCUGGAGAACGCCGAGAUGGACCUGCAGGGAACCAAGCAGGACCUCAAGCUGGCCUGCCAGCGCAUCCAAGACCUGCAGGCAGCACUCGAGGAAGACCUGGAUUCUGGCACUGACGUGGCUGAGGACAGUGACUCCGACAGUGACAAUGACGUGGACAUUGACACUCUGUUGCGGAGGCACGGCCUGGGCAGUCAAUCACGCAUGUCCUCCAUGGGGGACAUGUCACCGCUGCCGGUGACUGGCGGCAGCAGCCGCCGCAGUUCGGCUGCAGUCUCACUCAGUAGAUCGAAUGAGAGUCCCAUCUCUGGACUGUCAUCUGUGAGCCCCGAGCUUGAGCUGGCUGACUCUGGCAGUGGUCGGACAACGUCGUACAAGGACGACCAGCUCGUGGACGUGUGACGGUGCCGCAGGCGAAAGGCCACUGGACCUGGCAGAUCGUCGUUGAGUGCGAUGCACGUCACCGUAACUGGACCACCGAUGUUCCUGGCUUGUUUUUUUUUUUUUUUGUCUGUUCCUCUGUGUUCCUCGAGACGUACCGAGUGUUUCGAUAAGAGUGCCAACCAAUUCAUCAUGGCCCUCCUUGCCACAGACGACUAACCCCAGCGUGAAGACCCUGAGCGUCUGGUUGCCUUAUUUUUCAAUUGCCCAUGUUCCUUAAGACCAGCUCAGUUGAUUUGGUUGAUACAUUUCCCGUUCAUUGUUUUUUGUUUCAUUUCUUGUUUCUCAGAACUUGCUGCCCUUUCUCUUGCGCCAAGUAUUCUAGGAGUGGGACUUUCAGAAAUGAACUACAGAUAAUGCAUAUGACAGACAUGAACACUUCAUGUGUGAUGUCUGUCUUUUUUUUUUUCAACAGCGUGAUUAUAACAGAAAGGUAGUGAGGUAUGUAGUUCAAUGUGAAGUCCCAGUGUCUCCUACUUCCUAGUUACAAUGCUGUACUUCUUGCGAAAAUAGAACAGUUCUUCCUUUACUACACCAGCGUGCGGAAAAUGACACAAAUAUCAUCGAGAUGAGUACAGUUAUGGAAGCUCGGGUGUGCAUACUUAACGUAUUGCCGUGAUCUGCACAAGUUAACAGUACACGUAUACAACAGCAUACAUUGCCACUAUUUCCAAUCAGCAGAGGAAGCAAGGCCGCAUGCCACAGUAUAUGACUCGAGCAGACGACGCCCGGUUUCUUGACCAAAAUUUUCAUUAUUGUCGCAGUUCCUCGCAAGCGAUUCAUGCAGCCAUUAGUGUUCAGGCCUUGGGGUAGCCACUUGCUGGCAUUUUUCUGCACGUAGCUGUGGCUUGGGUUGAGUUUGAACUUAACAGGUUGUCUUGGUGGAGUCGCACAACUUCUAUUAACACGAGGAACACCGUAAAUUGUGGCGAGAGGGCAAAGCCUUACAUCUAAUUGCCACUUAGGCAAUCGCUACACCAGUUUCCAGGGUCGGUUGUGAACGCAUAUUCGCACAAGCAAUCCCCUGGCAACAAAUAUACACCGCUAUAUAACGUUUCCAGGUUCUUUUGUAUGCAGCAGAAUUGAGAAGCCAUGUUUUUGGCUACAUUUUGCUAUGCAUAUGGCAUGCAAAGAGCAAUGACAUUUCAGUUUUUUUUUUUUUUUUCACAUUGCCCUUGCAUGGAUGAAGUUCGUGGAUUUUAAUCGAACAAACCAGCAAGUGCCUUGCUUUUUUAGACAAAGUUUUUGUGGAUAAUGCUAGCUUUUGGCGUGAUGUCUCCUUUUUUCGCUAGCUUCGUAUACAAAUGUCGAGAAAAGCGCGCACCUUCGAGUCGAAUUUUGUACACUGUAUUCUCACUUCCCCCCUCCCCUCAGUGCCGCGCUGUUCAUUCUGACCAGUGUAAAAAAAAUGUGCUUGCAACAGUUGAUAUUUUAUGUCUGAGCUUUGCCAGUGAAAUGAACUGCUGAAGGCUCGGUGAACUUGUUUUUACUGAAGCUCUUACAGAAUUACAAUGUUUGUUUAUAGAGGAGAGAUAGGUUUAUGGUCUAUGUAAAGAGAUAUGUUUAUUCCUGCUACCCGUUACACAUAUUUUAUUGCAGCGUUGGUUCCUUUUAAAAUUAUGAGCAAAUGUGAAAUAUAGUAGCUCUAUGCAGAAACUUUCACGACUCCGAUUUUCAGGCCUUUUUAUUUUGCCUUUUUCGUGCUGAAACUUAACAGUUCAUGAUUUGUUGCUUAAAUAUUUUUUUUCUUUUUUUGCAUUGGAGGAUGGCUUAUAUCAGGCACUAUAACUGACUUAAUUUAUUGCCAUUGGUUAGUACGUUCUGUAUUCUUUUUAAACACAGAUAAUUUUGGAGUCAACUGGCUUGAUAUCAUUUUCGUUAUUGCUACUUAGUUUUAUGACCUUUCAGAGAAAUGGUAUCCCCCUUCCAGUUAAUUCACUCUUUUUUUUUACAAAUGAACAGAGGUGUGAUUUCAAUUUGCAGUCGCUUCUGUGAAACUAGGCAGUUUACUGUGGUGCACUCACUAGUGAGUUUUGAUCCCUUGCCGUGUUGUAUACACCCAUUUUUUAGCCCCUCUUUUUCAGAUACGUACAGGGACACGCUUUAGCUGUAAAUGUAUGUAUAAUUCUGUAAGUAUGCGGAAGUGGGCGUGAAAUGUUUGGUCGAAAGCCGAUGACAGUCGUGUUUGUAUGUCCCUUCUGUGUGAGUGCUUGUGAAAUAAAGAGAAAUUACGAAUA